AUGGUGGCCGACCUCAUUCGCGACUCGCCGUUCGGGCAUAUCGUGCGUCUUGUCACUCGCAACAAAUGCUUCCAGUACCCGGAGGAAAACGAUCCCAACCUCUGGAAGAAAUACGUCAACCAGGAAAAGUCCGGCUACGUUGCACACCACGGCAACACAUCACCACCUGAGGAGGAGGUCGAGGAACUGCAACGGGCCCGCGGAGUAAGAGAACGCGAGGGUUCAGAGAGCUCGAAUACAGAAGUCGGUGACGACUAUAACUAUGCGAGUGGCGUGAGGAUAGACCAGGAGAAGGGCAAGGACCUGCAUGUCAUUGACUGGUAUGGACCAGACGAUCCACAGAACCCGCGCAACUGGAGUCGAGGAAAGCGAUUCUUUGUCACUUUUGAAAUCUGUUUCCUCACCUUUUCCGUCUACAUUGGUUCCGCCAUCUACACUCCCGGUCUCCAGGAUGUCAUGACUAGCUUCGGCGUCGCCCAGGUCCCGGCUACCUUGGGUCUGACCCUUUAUGUCGCAGGAUAUGGACUUGGCCCAAUCAUCUGGUCUCCGUUGAGUGAAAUCCCCCAAGUUGGACGGCUGUGGGUGUAUAUUGGAACACUGUUCAUCUUCUGCUGCUUCCAGCUCCCCACUGUCUAUUCAGUCAACUUUGGCAUGCUCCUCGCAUUCCGCUUCCUGACCGGCUUCUUCGGAUCUCCCGCCUUGGCUACCGGGGGCGCCACCAUCGCCGACAUGUAUCGACCGCAGAAGCAGGCCUACGGUCUCGCUGUCUGGGGUAUUGGCGCCGUCUGCGGUCCUGUUGUGGGCCCCUUGAUCGGUGGGUUUGCAGUCCAGUCUGGCGGCUCUGGCGUCCUCAAGGGCUGGAAAUGGACCAUCUGGGAGCUGUUGUGGUUGUCAUCUUUCUGUCUUAUUUUCCUGUUCUUCUUCCUGCCCGAGACCAGCUCCUCCAAUAUCCUGCACCGCCGCACCAAGCGCCUCCGCAAGCUUACCGGCAACGACAAGUUGACGUGCGAGUCGGACAUGAUAUCUGCGGAGAUGAAGCCCAUGGAUGUUGUGCAAAUGUCUCUCCUCAAGCCCAUCACGCUCAACUUCCAAGAGCCGAUCGUCUUCCUCCUGAACUUGUACAUUGCCCUCAUCUACGGCCUACUGUACAUCUGGUUCGAGUCGUUCCCGCUCGUCUUCACUGGGCUGUACGGUUUCAACCUCGGUCUCGAAGGCGUCGCCUUCCUUGGCAUCUUGGUCGGCACGCUGAUCGCUGCCGUCAUCCUCUUCACAUGGCUCUACAUGUACCAGGAGAAGCAGUUUGACGAAAACGGCAACAUCGCCCCAGAGAAGCGCCUGAUCCCAGCCAUGGUCGGGUGCUGGGGGGUCCCCAUUUGCCUGUUCUGGUUCGGCUGGUCGUCUCGCGCGGACGUCCCAUGGAUCGUGCCGAUCAUCGGCACGGGCUUCUUCGGCAUAUCGGCCUUUACCCUCUUCAACGCCGUGCUGCCCUACCUCAGCGACGCCUAUCCGGACAACGUCGCCAGCGUGCUGGCCGGCAACGACCUCAUGCGUAGCGCGUUCGGCGCGGGCUUUCCCCUCUUCGCUAACGCAAUGUACAUGCGCCUCGGCAUCGACUGGGCGAGUAGUCUGCUGGGCUUUUUGGGCAUUGCGUUUAUCCCGAUUCCGUUCUUGUUGUACAAGUUCGGUAAACAGAUCAGGCAGAAGAGCAAGAACGCUCGGAAGGACAUUUGA